AUGUUUUCGAAGGCUGGCGUGCAGAAGCAGAUAGGUGCUGAUGCCUUCGCUAUCGGAGCUUAUAAAACUGGAAUUCUUCCGUCAAAGAAAACGGGUUGGAGCAGCAUUUUCUUUCUCGUAGUUGUUGCGGCGACUUCUGGUUGGUACGGUUACGCUCUUGGUCGCGAGCAGGCACGUCGGACGCUCUGUCGGGAAAUUUCUGAACUUCGACAGUCGCUGCAAACUUUGGAAACCUCUCAGGAUCGAAAUGCUCAGCGAUAA